AUGUCCAGCAACACAACCUCCAUGACAGGGUGCAGGGUCAUGGACCGUACCUUCAACACCACCUUAACCCAGGUGGAGCUGUCUGUCACAGCCUCUGUGGUCUCCAUGACCGUGGGAAUCCUGUCCAACACACUGGCCCUGUUCAUCCUGGUGAAGGCUUACCGCCGUUUCCGCCUCAAGUCCAAGGCCUCAUUCCUGCUCUUCGCCAGUGGGUUGGUGGUAACGGACCUCCUGGGGCAUCUCAUCAAUGGCUCCUUGGUACUGUACGUUUACAGAUCCCACAAGGACUGGACAGUCUUCGACCCCCAGCACAUUCUGUGUGGGUUCUUUGGGGCCUCGAUGGUGUUCUUUGGCCUGAGCCCAGUGCUGCUGGGCAGUGUCAUGGCAGUAGAGCGGUGCAUUGGGGUCACCUGCCCGCUCUUUCACUCCACCGCCCUCACCUCCCAUCACAUGAAGAAGCUUCUGGGUCUCACGUGGCUCCUGGCUCUCCUUGUGGCCACCCUACCCAUCCUAGCCCGCCGGCCCUACCAGAUCCAGCACUCCCGGAGCUGGUGCUUCUUCCCCCUGGGGGAAGCCUGCGACUGGCUGGACCUCUUCUUCCCUCUGCUGUUCUCUGUGCUGGGCCUGCUGGCGCUCUUCACGUCCAUCUUAUGCAACACAGUGACUGGCGUCGUCCUCCUGCGGUCCAAGCUACGCAGAGACCGGCACUGCAAGGGAACCUCCCACCACUUCGAGAUGAUCUGCCAGCUCCUUGCCAUCAUGUCCGUGUCCUGCGUGUGCUGGGGCCCUUUUCUGGUCACAAUCAUUCUACGGAGCACGCGGGACCAUGACCAGCACACCGAAAUGAGGAUGCUUCUGGCGGUAAGGAUGGCCACCUGGAACCAAAUCUUGGACCCCUGGGUCUACAUCCUCCUGCGGAAGGCGGUACUCAAGAAGCUGUUCUCGGUGGCCGCAAACCUCUGCAGUCCGCCAUUUCGGGCCCUCUACAGGUGGAACUGCAGCACCCUUAAGGGCUCUAUGCACACCACGGCCUCUCUCAACAGGCCCACCUGCUUCAGCACAGAAAGUCACAACGUGCCCGACAGCACUGGCAGAGCCACAUCCCACACCUGAGCUUGAGGGGGCAGUCAAAACCAAGGCCCAAGAUGUGAGGAGUGCGAGACCAUGAAGUAGCAGACAAAAUGAGCACAGCUUUUACUCAUCAUCGCCACAAUCUGCUAUGAGUGGAGAUUGGAACAUGCGGCGGAUAAAUGACCUUUUCUGUGUUUAAACAGAAUGAGUGACUUAUGGUUGUUCUGAGUAAACUAGGCUGCAGUGAGAAAAAAUAGUCACAGUGUGAAUGACUAAUGAAGACCCUGCAUGUGGUCAAGCUGUGUACAACAGUCAAAUGGUGUAGAUAUGUUACCCCGGUUUUCCUCUUAAAGGCCUUCAAACACAAGAGAAAGCUUCCCUUUAAUGUACUUUUCUGAGUUUAUCAUGAUGGUAUGACCACUGGAUGGACUGGACAGUCCUUUGAUUUUGUGAAAAUGUCGUUUGAAGGUUGGUUUUUUAAGCCAUUCAGUGUCACAGCUCAGCAAAGGAGAGAUUAUACAUGUGACCACGCUGAACUUCUAUAGAAGACAAUGAAUCACUGCAGUUAUUCAAUAAGUUAGUUUGCAUCCGGAACCUAGAAAUUCCCUCUUGACCGGUGUCCUUCAAGUGAUGGAAUUUGCUGUGACAUUCUCAGAAUCGGUUCUGGCAAUGUACUGCCCUGUUCAUUACUGUGUGUGCUCAACACAAAGAGAGAUCAGUUACAGAAUGAGUUCCAUGGUCUUGUUACCUUUCAGCUGGUCUAGAGGGUGAAUUAUCUCCAUCGUUCUCGGAAGUUGUUUACUGGGCCUCCAAGGCUGCAUUCAGAUAAACCUUUUGGCAUGUUUUGGACCAAGGACAUGAUUAAGCUUACUAAAUAGCA